AUGAUUGUCCUACCGAGCGGAGAUGUCGUAUCUGACGACGAGGACGAGUUCGCUAAGAUGCUUUCAUUGAUUGAUGAAGGUGAUGAUUCCGAGGUGGAGGUUGAGGCCACUACUGAGCAUGUGGGUGUUGCUCUAGUAGCCCGUCGAGUUUUUCCGACCCAGGUUAAGAGAGUGGAUGAGACCCACCGUGAUAAUAUUUUCUACACACGGUGUCACGUCAAAGGAAGAGUAUGUAGCCUCAUCAUCGAUACGGUCAUCAAACAAGUGGUGGUGCAUUUCCGAAUUGGGAAGUAUGAGGACGAGAUCCUUUGCGACGUCAUUCCCAUGCAAGCUUCUCACAUUUUGUUGGGACGACCAUGGCAAUAUGACAAGAAGACUACUCAUGAUGGCUUUACCAACAAGUACUCCUUCUUGCACCACAACAAGAAGAUGAUACUUGUUCCUCUCACCCCUCAGCAGAUGCAUGAAGAUCAACUGCGAUUGCAACAGGAGCAUGAACGAGAGUUGGCGAAGAAAUCAACCGAUUCUAAAGCAAUCAUUAAGGCACCAGUCAAGAGGACAUCUACCCCUGGAUCAUCUAGUCGAAUGGAGAAACGGUCCAACUUGUUUGCCAAGAACAGGGAAAUUCGUAACUUACUUUUGUCUAAACAAGUUGUCUAUGUUUUAUAUUGCAAAGAGGUGAUUUUACUUUCUCAUGAAACACUCCAUGAUUUACCUCUUGAUAUCUCCUCUUUAUUACAGGAAUUUGAGAACGUUUUUCCAGAUGAGAUCUCCAAUGGUCUACCACCACUUAGAGGGAUCGAGCACCAGAUCGACUUCAUUCUUGGAACAUCCUUGCCUAACAGACCGGCCUACAAAAUGGAUCCUGAGGAGACUAAUGAGAUCCAACGGCAAGUAGAUGAGCUAUUAGAGAGAGGUUGGGCUCGAGAGAGCAUGAGUCCAUGUGCAGUUCUAGUCAUUCUCAUCCCCAAGAAGGAAGGCACUUGA